AUGAGUGGUACAUCCGAUCCCAGCAAGCACUGGGAUAAUUCCAGUGAUAUCCUCCAAGGCAUCAUGGGUUCCCGGGCAAUGCCCCCUUCUUCGCACCUGGACCUCUCAUCGGACGGGCUGUCGCCGUCCGAUCUUACCCUGGGCGACCCAGCAUCCUUCCUGGGCUUCCAGUUUGCGUCCGAUCAAGCCAUCCCUCAACCCACUCAUUCAUCCAUCCUCCACCCAUGGCCACUGUACCACAAACCAUCACCAUCACCGCUCCCUCAACUAUUCGAUACGUCCGCCUACCCUCCCCUGACGCGAUGGAGAAAUGAGCCAGACGCCUGGAACCCCCUUCAAACGUCAAGGCCAAUGAACCCCGCUGCAUUCGUCAUCCCACGGACUCACCAAGUCUACGGCUUCGAUCGCCGGUCUUCGAGUGGCCAUCACAGUACGCCCUCGGAGGCUGACAGCCAGUACACCAGUCUCCAUCUAUCUGAUUCAGGAUAUAGUACGCAGGGGUGCACCACGCGCUCUGUGGCUGCCUCGUAUGCACUCGAUUCAGCCUGCAGCCCGUUUCUGGCACCCCUGGAGCAUGAGCAGGAUGAUCGAGUCUCCGCAUUGGACCUCAACUCGGCACCGUAUGGCGACGCCAUUGAUCCUCUAGACAGGAUAGAUUCCCCGUCCCUGCUGUGCCAGGACGUGAUCAAGUGCGACUAUCCCGGCUGCCAAUGGACCGGAAAGUGUCCUUCUGACAAGAGAAAACACGAAGCGAGACACAAAAAACUGUUCAAAUGCGACGAGCCCAACUGCGCCCGCAAGGAAGGGUUUGGUACUAUCAACGACCUCGCUCGCCACAAGAAGUGCGUCCAUAAACAGGAGCCGGAGCGGGGGCCGAAAGUUCUUUACAUGUGCUUCGGGCAUAACUGCCCGCGGAGGAAUAAGAAAUGGCCCCGAUUGGAUAACUUUCGCCAACACCUGGCUCGGAUGCACAAUGAUGAGGAUGUAGAUGAGCUGUUGAGAAAAUCGCAUGAGUGGUAUGAAACGUGCGUGAAACCGCAGGAGCUGGGGCCCUCCUUCCUUGAUUCCCUGUCGGACGAAGCAUCGACCCUACCAGCUGAGCCAGCUGCUCAGCCAAAUGGGAUCACGGAGGAUCUUGGCCCAAACCCUUCGGCCUCCUUUCCGGCGGCGUUUCCUUCUUCGGAGACCCCCACACCAGACACUGUCAUGAAAAUGAACGACGAGUACAAGGACCCCGCCUUCGACCAUGCAUCGGUGCAACCGCCACUUGCAAAGCCACACCCCAGUGAGCUGCCCGCCCUGAGGGCCCUCAACCUGGACUCUUCGUUGGACCAGAAAGUUCGCCUUCCCACCCAGCUGGACACCGCCAAGAGUGGGAAGAUGGACGACAUGGUGAACGAAGCGGCGCUCAACAUGAUCAAUGCCAUGACCAAGGCCAUGAACACCAAUGAGCGACGGCGAAGCCAGCAAUCGGAUGUGGGGGAGGAGAUGGUGGAUCAAAAUGGGGAGCUGUCGGACCGAAAGCGCGAUAUGCUGCAGAGGAUCUUGUCUGCCGCCCUGGAUCGGCUUUCUGGACAGCCUGGCGCCAACCACACUGCCCCCCAAGACAUCUUAGGUGACGACAGUGAAAAGAAAGGCUGGAUUCAGUGCGAGUUCUGCACGAAGCGGACGCGCCUGCGGUGCGAGAUGAAGAAGCAUAAGAAGCGCCACGAACGGCCGUAUGGGUGCACGUUUGCCAAGUGUAACAAGACAUUUGGUAGCAAGGCUGACUGGAAGCGACACGAGAACUCCCAGCACUUCCACGCGCAGUGCUGGCGCUGCACCCUGUCGGAUGCCACCCAAGAAGAUCUCCCGUGCGCCCGAUUAUUUUAUCGUCAGGAGAUAUACGUCCAACACUUGAAGAAGCACCAUGACGUCGAUGAGGACGAGGAGGUCCGGGCGGCCCUAUGCAAGAACCGCAUCAACCGCGAUGGGGACCCGCGGCCCUCACACUACUGGUGCGGCUUUUGUCGGGUCCUGCUUCCCCUGAAAACCCAGGGAGUCGGCGCCUGGAAUGAACGCUACAACCACAUCGAUGUUGAACACUUCAAAAAGGGCGAGCGCGUGGAAGACUGGCUGCUCCCGUCUGGGCACCUGACCAAAAGUCAGGAGCGUGAAGAACUGAAGAAACAAAGGACGGAUGGGAAUGGGUACGAGAGCGAGCCUGCCAUGGACGAGAACAGUGAUGAUGAGUCGGUGAACAGCGACUAUGCUGUCGACCAGGAGCCACUGCUUGACGAUACGAUGGCGAUUGACGAGGAGCCCACGCCCGAUCUAUCGUCGGAAUUGGGCGGCGACUCGCUUCCCCAUAAUCGGUCCAUGACAUAUCCUUUCCCCGGCGCAUCGAACCUGCGAAAGCGGAAGCUCCCAUCGCAGUCCACCGUUGGCCCUUACCGAAGUAACGAGCCAGGCGUUCCCCGUCUGGUGAAAAGGUCGAAGGCCGAUUCGGACCAUGUGCCGGGGGCAUCAUUGGGAUCGUUCUACACUGGCGCCGACCGCAUGUUGUCGGAGCCGAGUCGACUGUCUCCCGAGCUAGACUCGGCUUUCUGCUGCCAGUGCAAGCAAGGGCCAUUUGCCUUGGCGUAUACCCACCAAUGUCCGUGUUGUCACCAUGGGUUGUGUGACGGGUGCGAGGGCCGGAAUGCAUCUACCAGCGAUGCAUAUAUGGUUGGGGAGCCAUCAUGA